AUGAUGUUCCCCGGCCUCCUCGCGCCCCCAGCCGGGUACCCCAGCCUCUUGCGCCCCACGCCCACCUUAACAUUGCCCCAGUCCCUGCAGUCGGCAUUUUCCGGCCACUCGAGCUUCCUGGUGGAGGAUCUGAUCCGCAUCAGCCGACCCCCAGCCUACCUGCCCCGCAGCGUGCCCACCGCCAGCAUGUCGCCCCCUAGGCAGGGGGCCCCUGCGGCUCUCACAGACACAGGGGCCUCGGACCUGGGCUCCCCGGGUCCAGGCAGCCGGCGGGGCGGCUCACCACAGACGGCCGUCUCCCCUGCCAGCGAGCCCACGUUUCUGAAGUUUGGAGUGAACGCCAUCCUUUCUUCGGCGCCCAGAACUGAAACAUCCCCCGCCUUGCUCCAGAGUGUCCCUCCCAAGACCUUCGCCUUUCCCUACUUUGAAGGCUCCUUCCAGCCUUUCAUCAGAUCUUCUUAUUUCCCAGCGUCCUCCAGCGUCGUGCCCAUCCCGGGGACCUUCUCCUGGCCACUGGCCGCUCGCGGCAAGCCUCGUAGGGGCAUGCUGCGUCGAGCCGUGUUCUCCGACGUGCAGCGCAAGGCGCUGGAGAAGAUGUUCCAGAAGCAGAAGUACAUCAGCAAGCCCGACCGCAAGAAGCUGGCGUCCAAGCUGGGCUUGAAAGACUCACAGGUGAAAAUCUGGUUCCAGAACCGACGCAUGAAGUGGCGGAACUCCAAGGAGCGCGAGCUUCUGUCUAGCGGGGGCUGCCGCGAGCAGACCCUUCCCACCAAACUCAAUCCGCACCCGGACCUCAGCGACGUGGGCCAGAAGGGUCCCGGGGACGACGACGACGAGGAGGACGAGGGCCCGGGCAGCCUCCGCCACCGCCUGGUCUAUCAUCACCCGUCCCCCGACCCUCGGCACCUGCGGGACCCGCGCCUGGAAGGGCCGCUGCCCCACUCGCCCGCGCACUCUGGCAGCCCCGACAAACCUUCGGACUUCUCCGACUCCGAGGAGGAUGAGGAGGCUGAGGAGGAGGAGAUCACCGUGUCUUAG